CACAGGCGCAGCGUCCGUCCACCGGGCAACGCAGGCGGCUGCGGCGGCACCAGCAGCAGCACCAUCGGCUCAGGCUUCCCCCUCCACCCGCCCGACUUUCUCAAACAUCCACGCAAUCGUCGGCAUCGUCCCCGGGACUUCAACCGGUAACCCCCCCCGUUCCUUCUCCCUCUCCCCUAAACCCUCCUUCGCCGCGCUCCAGCCGUGUGCCAUGUCGACCGCCGUGCCCGAGACGGACGAGUCGGUCCGCGGGUCCCCGCUGACGCCUCUGAAGCUGGUCGGGCUGGUGUGCGUCUUCCUGGCGCUCUGCCUGGACGUGGGAGCCGUGAUGAGCCCGGCGUGGGUGACCGCCGACGACCAGUACUACCUGUCCCUGUGGGAGUCCUGCUGGAAGCCGGCGAGCACCGACAACUGGCAGUGCAGCAGCACGCUGGGUUCAGACUGGCAGGUUGUUACGCUGGCCCUGUUGCUAGGGGGCGGAGCCCUAGUGCUGAUGUCGUUCCUGGUCGCUCUGGUUGCCGUGUGCAUCGGCACGAGACGGCGAUUCUACGCACCAGUUGCCUUCAUGCUCUUUGCUGCAGUUGUCCUGCAGGCCUGCAGCUUGGUCCUCUACCCCAUCAAGUUCAUCGAGAGCAUCAAUCUGAGGAUCUACCACGAGUUCAACUGGGGCUACGGCCUGGCCUGGGGGGGGACCAUCUUCUCCUUUGGCGGGGGGGUCCUCUACUGCCUCAACCCCAAGAGCUAUGAGGAGUAUUACUAACUCUGAUGGAAAGUUAGAACUCUUCGUGCUGGAGGAGGUAUUCAAUGGGGCUAAACCGUCUUUUUUUCUUCUUCAACAGCUCUGUUUCGAAGAACUGUAAGGACUGCAAUAUGUCGUAUUUUGGGGGGGAAUUCUGGGGGUGUAUGCUGCAUCAGUAGGGCGGGGCGAUAUUGGGGAUUCAUUUUUUGACUAAACUGGAAGACACUUGUAGCAACCCAACCUUUGGUGGUUUGUGAGACAGGAAGGGAGGCUGAGAGGAUUUUGCAUUAUGUUUAUGAACUUAUGCAGAGUCACAUACGCAUCCUCACCCGUCAACAUCAAAUCUUCCCGCUGGGCCUCAGAAAGCCCCCCCCCCCCUCGGCGGAGAGGAUCAGAUGCCACACUUCACUGCUUCAUAACUUUUCAUACGACAGUGAGAUUCCUAACGGAGGGUAGCGGGUGUGGUGGAAAAAAAGUUAAGACAACAGCUCAAUAUUCCCUUAUCGACCCACUUUGUCUGUUACCCUGGCAACCCGGGGGGCGCGCACAUGGAGCGGUCCCGAUUGAUUAGCCGCGGCCGGGAGGUGUGAGGCGGGACCACGCUCGGCUGCCUCCAAAGGCUCCGCAGAGGUUCUUUGAUUCCCAAUGAGCUGAGGUGACGCUCGGAGCAAUUCCCCCCCUCCGUCCGCCCCCCCAAACCACACAUAGUGGGCAUGUUUACAUGCACAUCAAUACAUGGAGUCAACCUCUCUGCAAUUGCAGCACAGUAAUCUGAUUAUGGACUCAGCUGAAAGGAUGUAAAAAUCAAAGAAACACCCGUGGAGGGCGUCUAACUUUAUUAGAAAAACAAAAACAUACUCAUUCCAGUAAACUCAAGGGUUUAGGCUCGAUAUCGGAAGGUUUUUGUGUACGUGUGUGUUGAUGUGAGCUUAUGAGCCAUUAAGUAAGGGACGUAGCCUAUGUACACUUAUUUUACAUAAAAACCUACUAAUUUAAACCCUAAAGUGAACCAGGUUGUUAGUUACAAAAACAGGUGAACCUAUACGGUGGAAGUUUACUGUACGAACUGUAGACAUCUAAAAAUAAAGAAAUACUUUAUUCGGAUCAGCGUGACCUUCAAGGACGCAAUCACAUGAUCGGCUGACUCCGGGUGUGAGGAGUCAAUAGUGCAUAUAAACAUAGCCACUGAAGUUGUGAAAUAUCAGUAUUGUUGUGUUAUUAUAUGGUUGCUGGGAAUUCGAGACAUUCAUAACGACACAAAGUUUGAUUGUUUCCUACAUCAAGGCAUGAGCACCGUACAGAAAAGAACAUCUGAUAAUUGCUGAGUUCCUGUCCCAACGGGCUGAUUUAAAUAUUCCUUUGGGUUUGGCUCUAAUCGUGAGUUGUCUGCAUGGUAGCCAUGGUUGCGAUUCAAUAUCUGGGUGCAAAUCAAACAACUUCUAUACAGAUUUUAUGAGGCAAUAAAGCCGCACAUGAAGCCUUUUUCUGCUUUCAUUGAGCGAAAACCUCUUUAUGUUUUCUCUCUCAGCCCCAUGGGCCGAGUUACUUGUCCAACCCUGUAACCCCCAGUCUCCCUUCAAACCCCCACCCUGCAAUUUCACAAGUCAAAAAUAAAAUAAGGACUCUCCGGAUUAAAUUUACAGGCGGCGUCUUGUCGGUGCUCUGCGUCGUCACAUAUUUGACAGGGAGCUGUCAAGCCGCCGCCCCCCCAAAAAUAGGAUCCAGGCUACGUCCCUCGCCACCGUAACAAAAUAUAGAACUGUGCAGUCGCAGCUGACAGAAGUCCAUUCAUUUCAAAUAAACUGACAGCAUGAUGUUUACCACAGACACAACAGUAAUGAGCUCUGUCUGUCACAAAAAAGCAAUGCUUCUAAAAUUAGCUCCAUUAGUGAACGCAAUGCAGUAAAAGGUCUGUGCCGAUUACUCGUCUUUAUGCUAAGCUAACAACAUUUAGAUGUAAGCCAUGUGAGUGGUACUGGUUUUCACCCCUGAUUCUGGGAAAGAGACUAAACAGUAGUAUUUCCCAAAUUCUCACUUAUCAAGUUUGUUUGUCAAUUUGGUUAAAAAGAAAUGUUUCCAGGGUAAAAAAAAAAGUGUACCUCAUAAAUUCCGCUUAAAUGGACAGUAACAGGGCAGUCACCCCAUGGAAAGGCCCUUUCCAUAGGCACUCUCUAAUUUCCCCUCUAAUAUAUCGUCAUUGGUACCCUGCAAUUUCAAAAUAUUUGCUCUGUAACAUGUUGCCUAUAAUAUAAUAUAUACUAUAUUAAUUUGGUAACGUUUAAUGUCACCUAAUGUCACCGUACAAGCCUUUUCAGGAUGACACGCUGAUGUUGUGAAAUCACAGUGGAUAUUCUACUAACUUGUGGAUAAAUUAGAUCAAGUUCUCUUUCUUCUUUCAAAUAGUCUGUGGAUUAUUUUAGUGACUGGAUGCCCCCAGCGGCCCCCCAUCUUUCUAUUUAGCACUGACCAAUAACAGAAGUAGAGCUCAUUGUUACAGCCAUGAAUCCAUUAGCAACAGCAGCUAUAUGGGUCAGCAGUCGCCUGUCAGCAUGUGACCCUGCUCUCCAGUAUCGUUCAGUUAGAAAGAUAUCCCAGCUUAACAGGUUCAGUCAGGGGGGGGCACGGGUUGAUCAGUGUUUAGCUUGUGUUGGGUCACCGGAUCUCCUGUCAGAUCACGGAUGAAAUUCUUUUUUCUCUACCGACUUUUCACAUGAAAGCCAAGUGGAACCAAAGUCCCGACACGAUGGCACAGCGCUGUGAUGGAGAUCGUCACCCCGGUGGGACAGAUAACGUGGCUUCUAGUGCAUCGAAGACAGUCUCUGUGCUUUGGUGGUGCAGAGGAGCCUGAGGCACUAACGCUGUAGCAGACUUUGGUUAAAACCUGAAGGAAACAUUUCCAAUCCCCCCCAGAAGGGUUAAAGGAACCGGGUGUAGGAGUUUUUGACCACUUUUAGCAGAAGUGGAAUAUAAUAUCCCCAAACUAGGAUUUAAUUAGUGUGCUAUUGUUAGCUUAGAAGGUCCUCAAGUUCUCUUCACCGUGUUGCACCUCAAGGUCUACGGUAGCCCCCGAUGGACCACCCUGGCGCAAGGAAACAAAAUGGCUUCUGUAGUUUGUAACAACGAGUUCGGUCCACAAUGGCGUCAACGUGGAAUUCACCGGCCCCGCUCAUGAGGAAGAGGCUUAUCGCAAAAUGCACGACUGCAUGUAAACAGGUGUAUUAGCCGAGUAUUCGUUUUCAUUAGCCAUGUCAUUAGGAAUAGGGUAUUUUUCGUAAUACGGUCAAAAAGCGUAAUACCGGGUGCAUGUAAACGAAGUGGCUGGCUCUUGAGAGCGCCUUCCCCACCUAGAUGUUACCUGAAGGCCACCGUUGUUCUCCAACAUGCUCAUGAAACCGUAUUCGGUGGCUUCCUGGGGUAUCGUUCAUUAUGGAAUCUGUAUUAUUACUUCAAGGAAUAAAUAAGAAUUGAACACUUUCAGCAUCUAAUAUUAGUUUGUACGUUUCUUUUUCAGUCAGCGGCACUGACUGCAGUUAUUACGUCGUCUUCCACCCGAGAUUUAAACAGACAACAAACCCACCCCGACUUCCCCUCGCUGCUGCCUUCAGGAGCGAGCAGACGUUGCGGCGUGUUUUGGUUUCUUAAUGAGGUGUUGGAAUCGAUGUUGUGUCGGUUGUAAUUAUGAGAUUCCAAAUGACAAUGCAAAUAUGUUUGCGCCCGCUUUCAGAAAUGACCUACAUGCUUUGAUUUUUAAUGAAGUACUUGGAUGUAGUAAAUACAUUCUCAGUGUUCUGGAGAACCACAAACACCAACACAACUCCCUCUAAAUAUGUCAUCUUCCUGUUUGUUGUCUGAACCGUGCUGGUUCCAUGUACGUUUCUGACCCGUAGCUAUUAGCACCUGCUUGCGUGUUCAUUUACUGAUGAAAAGUAGAGGCUUGCCAACGGAGACAGCACUGUGUUAUGCAUCAUCUUCUAGUAGACUGGAGCCAAACACUGUCUAAUGAUGUGCAUAGGGAUUUAGGAAGUGUGUAUAUAUGUGUGUGUGUGUGUGUGUGUGUGUGUGUGUGUGUGUGUGUGUGGCAGAGUGUGUUUGUGUGCUGGCAGGUUUUAGAUGCCAUUGUAGAGAUGUCAGUAAUCAGCAUUUAUCUCUUUGUACGUUGGCACAUUAAAGCACUGAACAGAA